AUGAAACGCUUUCGCGCCCAGCAGAGAUUCCGGCUACACGAGCUCAAUGCGGCGGAAAUUUUGGCAGUCAUUAAACAAGGACUGUUUGCAAACCCGAACUUCCAAGGCCUUCGAGACAAACAGCCUGCGGACUGUGAUCGCCUCAUACGUGAACUAGCGCGCAAGUCCGAAGGCGUCUUCCUUUGGGUCAUUUUGGCCAUCCGGAAUGUGGUCGAGUCAUUGGAAUGCCAUGAGUCACUGGAUAAUAUCAGCAAGAAGGUGGACUUGCUGCCACGAAAACUUCACGAUCUCUUCACAACCAUCCUCACUUCGAUCCCAGAGUCACAGCUGAGCGAGUUUUGCUGCACUCUGGCUUAUGCGCUGGUAGCUGCAAGACUAACGGCGGCUCCAGGAAUAUACGAAUUUUCAAGCUGGCAGGCUUCUCUUUGCUCAUUGUCUCGGUUUUCAUUCUUGGACGAGUAUAUGCAAAGCUCCAGCAAGGGCAUCCAACGUUCCGGAAUGAUGGGCGACGAGAUGGAACAACGAAUUUCGAGGUCUGCGGCACAUUUGUUAGCCCGUUCUCGAAAUCUCCUUACAGUUAGUUUCGAAGGCUUUCCACACGGUUACUUCUACUUCAUUCACUGUUCCAUCCCCGAGUUUGUUGUCGAAUUCCUUCAGCAUGGUUCCGCUGCCUAUAUCAGCACCUUCUGGACAGCAAUGGUCACUUCAAUGCUCUUGCAGCCUAUUUAG